UGGUGGCAUCAUUUCUUUCUCUUGUGGAGUACAAUAGACGGACAGACUCGUUACAGCAUCCCGGAGGAACUGAAACAGGGCUCUGUGGUAGGAAAUCUAGCCAAAGAUUUGGGUUUGGGAGUAUCUGAACUGUAUCGACGUAAAUUGCGGAUAACCUCGGAUGCUGGUAAGCAGUAUUUUAGUGUGGACUUGGGGAAGGGCGAGCUGGUGGUGAUUGAUAGGAUAGAUCGGGAGGAACUGUGUGGACAAAGACCGUCAUGCUUAUUGCCUUUGGAACUAGUGAUAGAUAACCCACUACAGCUGCAUAGAGUCGAAAUUGAAAUACAGGAUACAAACGAUAAUUCUCCCAGUUUUCUUACUAAAGAGAAAGUGGUGAAAAUUGCAGAGCUGGUAAAUCCAGGCGCGCGAUUUCCUUUGGAAAGUGCACAGGAUCCCGAUGUAGGCACCAAUUCUGUACGCUCUUACCUCAUAAGCAAAAAUGACAAUUUCAAAUUAACUGUUAAAAAUCACAAGGACGGACGAAAAAUCCCUGAACUGGUCCUAGAAAAACCACUUGAUCGAGAAAAGCUGCCUGUGCACAAUCUCAUCCUCACCGCUGUAGAUGGUGGAGAUCCGGUGCGCUCAGGGACAUCUGAAAUUACAGUUAUAGUACUUGACAACAAUGAUAAUGCGCCACAAUUUGAAAGACAGGUAUAUGAGGCUAAUGUCAGCGAAAAGGCAACACCUGGAACUGAAAUAUUGCAUGUCAAAGCUACAGAUGCAGACGAAGGAUUAAAUGGAGAAAUUGAAUAUUUUUUCGCAGAGCAAACUCCGGAUUUGAUUUUAUCUUUAUUUGACAUUGAUCCUUCUACUGGAGCUGUUGUUGUCAAAAGCAUUUUAGACCAUGAAACGAACUCCUUGCAUAGAUUUGACAUAACUGCUAAAGACAAAGGUAAUCCUGAGAUGGAUGGGCAUUGUAGCGUCGAAAUUAAAGUUCUUGACAUUAACGACAAUAUACCUGAAAUAAUUGUGACUUCUUUGACAACACCUGUUCCAGAAGAUUCUGCAACAGGAACAGUGAUUGCAUUGAUAAGUGCAAAAGAUCCCGAUUCAGGUGAGAAUGGCAAAGUUACGUUGAGGGUGUCUUCUAAAUCCCCUUUCAAGUUAAAUCCGUCAGUCUCUAAUCAUUACUCUUUAGUCACGAAUGGGCCACUUGACCGUGAAAAAAAUGACCAGUAUAGAGUCAAGAUAAUUGCUACUGAUUCUGGAAAGCCCCCAUUAUCGAGUGAAAAAAUAAUACUCGUUGAACUGUUAGAUGUAAAUGACAACCCACCAGUUUUCUCCCAACCUUCUUAUGUGAUUUAUGUAAAAGAGAACCAGCCUCCUGGGGAGAUUUUGUGCUCGUUAUCAGCAACUGAUCCUGAUGCGGGUGAAAACGCCAAAAUCUCUUACUCUAUACUGGACUCUAAAGUGCAGGACAUAGGAGCAGCAGAAGCAGCCGGUAGUCUGCUGCAUGAGACGGACCUGACUGUGAUCGAUGUACAAGAACCCAGAAACCUGCAGAUUCAGCUCAAUACUGAUGGACCUAUAAAGUACGUGGAGGUCACCUGGGAGAGACAAUGA